CGUGAUUUUGUGUCCCAGUAGCAUUUGAGAUAUUUAAGAAUUCUUUUUUUUUGUUUAGUCUUACAAAAAUAUGACAUUCGUUAUUAAUAAUUUAGUUAUUUAAGUUAACUUUAAACUGUUCGUGGAUAUGUUGAAUAAAUUAAGUAAAACUUACAAAAUUAAUUUUUCUAUUUGAUCAAGUUGAAUUUCGAAGUACUCUAGACGAAAAAUUUUUUAAAAAUUGUAAAUAAAAUGUUUGGUGUUGAUGAUACUGAUAAAUCUACCAAAAAGAGUAAAAAGAGAUCACAUGACGAUGAUCGUGAACGUGAAAAAGAUUCGAAGAAGGUCAAAGUCAGAGAAGACAGAAAAAAUGAUGAAAUACCUGAGAGUAAAUUAUCAUCGGACAUGAUUAAACAGAUGAUGGCUAAUGCACAAAGACAAAUUGAAGAACGCAAACGAGCAUUAAAUACAAUUAAUCAAAAUAAUAUUUCGACUCUAAAAAAUUCAUUAAAGAGUCGUGAUUCAAUGCCGAUUGUUGGUACAAUGUAUUCUCAAGGACUACUAAGUAAAGCUGAUUCAGAUAAAGCAAGAAAAUUAGUAGUGCUACAAGCCCAAAUAAAAAACAAAAUUAAUUCGGGUUUAUUGAGUACAUUGAGUGUACCAGAUAAACCUACUCCACUGAUUCUUGAUGAAUCUGGCAGAACUGUUGAUAUUACUGGUAAAGAAAUCCAACUUACUCAUGUUGUGCCGACUCUCAAAGCCAAUAUUAGAGCUAAAAAACGUGAAGAAUUUAAAGCGCAGCUCCAAGAUUCUAAAGGACCUGAAGAAAUUCAAGAUACGCAUUUUUUUGACACGCGUAUUGGCGUUAAAGUUCCAACACGUGGUAAACGUGCGUUGAAAUUUCACGAGCCAGGUAAAUUUCAGCAAAUUGCUGAAAGAAUACGUAUGAAAGCACAAUUGGAAAAACUGCAAAAUGAAAUCAGUCAGAUCGCACGUAAAACAGGAAUCAGUUCAGCCACUAAGUUAGCUCUUAUUGCACCCAAAACAGAGGCACUCAAUGAUGAUGUGCCUAAUGUAGAAUGGUGGGACUCUGUAAUUAUGUCAAGUGGUUAUCCUGUCGGUGAUGAACCGGUACAAAUUAAAACUGCAACAAUCACUAAUUUAGUUGAACACCCUAUUCAAAUGAGACCACCGACUGAAUCAUCAAAACCUGUGUAUAUGCCAGUAUUUCUUACCAAAAAAGAACGUAAAAAACUUCGUCGUCAAAAUCGUCGUGAAGCGUGGAAAGAAGAGCAAGAAAAAAUCCGUCUAGGAUUAGAACCACCACCAGAACCAAAAUUGAGAAUUUCUAAUUUGAUGCGAGUUUUGGGUACUGAAGCCGUACAAGAUCCUACGAAAAUUGAAGCUCAUGUACGCCAACAAAUGGCAAAACGUUUGAAAGCUCACGAAGAUGCAAAUGCUGCCCGUCGAUUAACAGUCGAUCAGAGACGAGAGAAAAAAGCACGUAAGCUUAAAGAAGACACAUCUACUGGAGUCUACGUUACUGUUUACAGAAUACGUGACCUGAUAAAUAAUGCAGCAAAAAAGUUCAAAGUCGAAGCUAAUGCUAAACAACUAUAUUUAAGUGGAUGUGUGAUGUUAUUCCGUGACUGCAAUGUCGUUGUAGUUGAAGGUGGGGCCAAACAAUUACGUAAAUAUCAACGUCUAAUGAUGCAACGAAUUAAAUGGGAAGAAGAUAUUGUUAAAGAUACAGAUGGCAAUGAUGUGCCAAAUAAGUGUGUCAUUGUAUGGGAAGGAAGUAGUACACAACGGCACUUCGGUGAGAUGAAGUUUAAAGUAUGUCCUAUUGAAAAAAUGGCACGUGAACAUUUUAAAAAACACCAGGUUGAACAAUAUUGGGAUUUGGCGUAUAGUGGAGCGGUACUUGAUAAUACAGAUGAAAUAAAUUCGUAAAAAAUAUUAUUAAUUUUAUUAAUUAAUUAUUAAACAUUCUCAACAAAAAUAAA